AUGAACCCGUUGCGUGUAGAAAUGCAGGGCCUGCAGCUGGCAGAUGAGGGCAGUGGCGGCAAGUGCAAUCAGCAGUCUCACCCCACGCCGCCCGCGUUGCAUGGGCCCUGGAGCCAGCUCUAUGGCAACGCGCGUCCUGCAGGAACAUGUGGCAGCACUCCUUUCAACAACAUGAUUGUGUUGAUUUUGCUGGAGUCAAACAAUCUUGGCAGUGCAGGUGGUUCUUGGUCCCUGGGCCUGAUGGCAUCCCUUAUGCCUUUUGGCGAGCUUUCCAUCCGACAGCGCUGCUGCUGUGCUACAGCACCUCGAGGGCAUUGUUUCACGGACAGUUCCCCCCCCUACGCAGGUCCGGGUGUGGAUUUCUAA